UAGCUCACGGACCCGGAAGCACACCCGGAAACGUCUGCAUCGUUGUUUUCAUCCCCCUGAGUUUCACCAUGAAGGAAGCGAACAUGGAUCUCCCCGUCAGCAUGGGGGCUCUGCUCCAGGCGGACUUCACGGAGGACGCUGCUUACCGGGAGGACGGCCUGUGUGUCGUCGGUAUCUUCGGUAAAAGCACCAUGCAGCCCGGCCCGCUGAAGGAGUCUCUCCUCAACAACCUGUCGGACAAACACAUCUUCUCUCUGUUCAGCGGAGCGGAGGACGGCGGCACCGCGGACAGCCACAUCCAGGCUCUGUACCAGCAGGAGAGCCGGGUCCUGUACCUGAUGCUGUCCUCCGUGUACGACAGCCAGCAGCUCCUGCGGGCCUGCCAGGCUCUGAGCGCCGCGGCGGGACACUCCGACGCGCACGAUUUCUGGAAAGGUCUGGACCGACAGCACUGCCUCCACCUGCUCUACAUGUUCUCCGUGUGCCACGUCCUCCUGCUCGUCAACCCCAACCAGACCUUCGACGUGACUUACGACCGGCUUUUUAGAGCCCUGGAUGCCCUGAGACAGAAGGUGCUGCCUCUGAUCCGGGCUGCCAUCAAAGACUGUCCGGUGUCCAAAGAGUGGAAGGUGAACUGUCGACCCUGUCCUCCACGCCUGCUCUUUGUCUUCCAGAUGAACGGAACUCUCAAGGUCUCCAAUGGCUCCGACUCAGGAGGAAAUCUGGACAAACCGAAGAAGCACUCUCCUCGGAGGAGGCUGCAGCACGCGCUGGAGGACCAAAUCUAUCGCAUCUUCCGCAAAAGCAGAGUCCUGACCAACCAGAGCAGCAACUGUUUGUUCACCGUCCCCGCCAACCAGGCAUUUGUGUACGUAAUACCGGCCAUGGAUGAGGACCCUGUGGGCACCUUGAUCAGUCAGCUGCGCUCCAACUGCAUCCUGGGAGAGCAGGAGUCCGCCGCGCCGGUGUCGGGGCCGAGGCGUUACCAGCAGAUGCGGCGUUCGGCUCGGCAGGCCAGCCUCGGUUGUGAAUCUUUCAGCGGCUCGAUGGGCGGCCAGCUGGUGGACUGCAGCUUGAAGGAAUUCCUCUGGCAGCACGUAGAGCUGGUCCUGACCAAGAAGGGCUUCGACGACAGCGUCGGCCGAAACCCGCAGCCUUCACAUUUCGAACUGCCGACGUACUCCAAGUGGGUCCAGGUCGCCGGCAGACUCCACCAAGUCCUGAUCAAAAACACAGAAGAAGAAAUCGCGGAGCUAGCGACGAAAGUGCAAAGCCAGUUGAAGGUGUUGGAGGGUUUUCUGGAUGCGGACACAAAGUUCUCUGAAAACAGGUGUCAGAAAGCUCUGCCUCUGGCUCACAGCACGUACCAGUCCAACCUCCCCCACAACUACACCACCACAGUGCACAAAAAUCAGCUGGCCCAGGCGCUGCGGGUGUACAGCCAGCAUGCCCGAGGCGUGGCGUUCCAGCGGUACGCACUGCAGCUUCACGAAGACUGCUACAAGUUCUGGAGCAACGGGCACCAGCUGUGUGAGGAGCGAAGUCUGACCGACCAACACUGUGUUCACAAGUUCCACCUGCUGCCUCAGCAAGGAGAGAAGCCUGACAUAGAUCGCAACCCUCCCAUCCUGAACCACAACAGCAGGGGGCGCUCCACCAGCUCCUGCAACUGUGGCAGGAAACAGGCUCCUCGAGAGGAUCCGUUUGACGUCCAGGCGGCCAACUAUGACUUCUACCAGAUUCUGGACGAGAAAUGCUGCGGGAAGCUGGAGCGGAUCGAGUUUCCCGUGUUCCAGCCGAGCACUCCGGACCCGGCUCCAGCCUCCAACCAAGUUCAGAAAGUCCCAUGUGAGGCGUCGGGGUCCGGUGAGACCGAGAAGCUGAAGGAGCCGAGCACGGCCCAGAGCCACACCCCGGGAGACCCCAGCCUCAGCCUGGCUCUCAGCCUGGGCCAGUCCACCGACAGCCUGGGGCCGUACGGGGACGGAGACGGAACCGAGUCUCAAGUCCAGCAGAAGAGGCCGAGCCUUGUGGACCGCCAGCCCUCCACUGUGGAGUACCUCCCCGGUAUGGUGCACUCCGGCUGCGCCAAAGGCCUGCUGCCCAAGUUUUCCAGCUGGUCUCUGGUCAAACUGGGUCCAGCCAAGUCCUACAACUGCCACACGGGUCUGGAGCAUCCAGGCUUCCUCCCCGGCUCCUCAUUCCUCUUGCCGUGGGACUUGGUGAUCCGCUCUCGGUCGGAGGAGGACACGGGACUGACGGAGCCUUUAGACGGGAGCACCUCGUCAUGGCCGGCUCCUAACAAGACGCUGGUGGGGAAGCGAGGAAGCACCGGGGGGCUGGGCAGGAGUCGCAGGAGGGACGACACGGCUCGGGUCUUUGUUGGGUUCGAGUACGAGGACAGCAGGGGGAGGCGCUUCAUCAGCUGCGGCCCCGAUAAGAUAGUGAAGGUUCUGGGACCAGGGGGCACCAAAGACCCCGCCACCAGGGUGUUAAACACGGACAUGCCGCUGUACGUCCCCUCACCAUCACAGGGACGCGGUGUGAAAGCUCACUUUGCCCAGCUCGCCCGCCUUUAUAUCGUGGUGCCCGACGCCCCGCUGGAGGUCACUCUCAACCCACAGGUCCAGCCUGGUCCUCCUCCCUGCCCAGUUUUCCACCCGGAGCAGACGGAUUUGGUGUUACCGUCCGACGGUCUUUGGGUGCUGCGGUUUCCUUACUCGUACGCGACCGAUCGAGGCCCCUGUUACCCCCCCAAAGAGAACCAGCCACUCAACAACUACAAGGUGCUGCGGGGCAUCCUGAAGGCCAGCACUGCUAACCCUCCACCACAGUGAGCUGUAACAGUGAGGAAGACUUCAUGAUCCUGGACUGAGGACCGAGACCAGCUGAUGACCAACAGACCUCUUCAGAUCCUCAUCGCCGUCUGGCCUUGACCCACACUUAAGUCCAUGACAAGUGUGUGAAUUGAAUGAUUUGGUUUCUGUACUCAUGGUCCAACCAUUGAAUGUACGUAAAUAUGAACGUCAAGUCGCCAUCUCCUUCUGUUGUACAAAUUUGAAGCCAAAAUACCCCUGCGACGGGCGCUGAUAUUUUACGCUGGUGAUGUCGUUUUUGAGCCAAGAGAUGCGCAGGGGGGGUCUGGCUGAUGACAUCACAGCAAACAAAGAUCCUAUCAGAUCAGUACAGUCCUCAGCAGAACGGAUUCCUUGAAGAGACGCUCAGUAGUGGAAGAAAAAUGACUCUUGUGUUCGCAUUGGUCACAUCUUCUCCUUUACUCUGCCGAUACGAGAAAGAACGCCGCAGGAGCAAUUCUUCUUCUUUGCAUCAAGUGACGUAUUAAAACUAAAGCUCUCAGAAACACAUCGCGGUUUGAGAAACAUUUAUUUGAUGUUUGUUUUGAGUUUACACUUUGACCCCCGUCCCAUCUGAUAACUUAAGUCCUUUUCAGACCGCCG